AUGGACGCGAGCACGACCGCGCGCGUCCUGGUGAUCGUCGCGCUCAUCAUCGCGUUGAUCUACCUCGUCGGGCGGGCGAAGGUUCGGAGCAAUGUUCGACUGAAGCGGCUGUUCAACAGCCAGACGUUGGACACGCUGCGCAUCGGUGUCGCCGUUACAGCCGACGAGAUAAAGUACAACGAAGAGGUCCGAUCGAUCGUGAAAUUGGAGUGCGCCGACAACGCCGCCGCGGCCGACAACCACGUGGCUCUCGGUACGAUCGUAGCCCGAUACGCCGCCACGUGCGAUCGAUUCAUCGUAGAUCCGGCGGACAGACAGUUUCUGCGCAGCGAAGUGGUGGCCCGGUGCAUGCAGGCUCUCGUGCUACGCUCCAUGCAACUGAGCGGUUUCGCCGAUCUGGCGAUGUCGCUCGGCGCCGCGAGGAACAUACGCGCCGACAUCGAGCGAGCGCGUCGUCGCUUGGACGACGCGCGCGACACCGGCGACUCCGUGGACGCCGACGCCGAUCCGCGCGUGCACACCGACGGACUGUACGAGUAUAUACCGCACGAGAGUCUGAACGUCUCGCUGAGCGAUCUGUCGGGCUACGAGGAGCAGCACGCGCAGUUGCUGAACGCCUAUUUCGUGAUCAACGACGAGCCGGAGAGCGCUCUGUUGGCGGACGAGACGAUGGAGCGACGACCGAGCACGCGGGCCGGUGCGAGCGUGAUUCUGUACGGACCACCGGGCACCGUCAACCUGCUGUCGGCCUACCGCUCGGAGACCGAGAAGAACCUGCUCUCGCUGUACCGGAAGAUGCGCGCUCUCGUUCGCACCACCGGUCAUAACGUGGUGCAGCUGCUGGACGAGGUGGACGGACUGGUGAAGAAUCGCAGCGGUGCCGUGACCAGCGGCGAGUACAGUCUGCUCACGAGAUUUCUCACGAUUCUCGAACCGAACGACGGGACGGACAACUACGGCGUGUUCAGCUUCUUCACGAUCAACCGUCUAAGCAAUCUGGACGACGCGUUUUGUCGUCGGUGCGCCGCCGUGUUCAUGGAUUACGUGGGUACGCGGGAGGCCACGGUGCGAUUGUUCAACGCUUUCCUGCACCGAUCGAUCGACUACGCGACGUGA